AUGUCUCUGCCUGUGCUGCAGAAAAAGGGGGACAUCAUAUUGGGGGGGCUCUUCUCCCUUCAUGAUAUGGUGAUGGAGCCCAGUCUGUCCUUCACUUCUAAGCCUCCACCUGCACAUUGCACCAGGUUUAACUUUCGGACAUUCCGCUGGAUGCAAACUAUGAUCUUUGCCAUAGAGGAUAUCAAUAGAGAUGGCAAGCUCCUUCCCAACAUCACACUUGGCUACAAGAUCUUUGAUUCAUGCAGUACGCCCCACCAGGCCCUGAAGGCUGUCAUGGAGUUAGUGAGAAAUGAAAAGGUUACAGGAGUUGAAGUGGAGAAAGAGAGUCAAGGCACCUGUCGUGGGACUGUACCAGCAGUGAUAGGAGACGGAGGCUCUACUCAGUCCCUUGUUGUUGCCCGUUUCCUCGGAGUCUUCCAAGUGCCACAGGUAAGUUAUUUCUCCAGUUGUGCCUGUCUCAGUGACAAAAAGGAGUUUCCUGCCUUUUUAAGGACCAUGCCCAGUGACUUAUUUCAGGUAGAUGCAAUGGUACAACUCGUCAAGCAUUUUGGCUGGACUUGGGUAGGUGUGAUAGCAGGGGAUGAUGCCUAUGGCCUUGGAGGGGCCAACAUAUUUGCGGAUGAGGUCAGAAAGUUAGGUGUCUGUGUUGCUCUAAAUGAGGUCAUCCCGAAGAACCGAGCACAGAUCACCAUUUCAUCCAUCAUUUCCAAGAUCCGCUCUUCUGGGGCUCGGGUGAUCCUAGUGUUUGCUGUGGAACAAGAUGCAGCUGCUUUGUUUGAUGAAGCUCUCAGGCAUGACAUUUCAGAGGGGCUCACUGGGAUACAGUGGCUUGCCAGUGAGGCCUGGAGCACAGCUGCCGUCCUCUCCACCCCAAAAAAGUACCACCACAUCCUCCAGGGUUCUAUGGGUUUUGCCAUUCGUCGAGCACAGAUCCCUGGAUUGCAAGACUUUCUGCUUAGCUUGAAUCCCUCGAGGCCAGGUGCCCUUCCAAAUCCUUUCGUGAUACCCUUCUGGGAAGAAAUGUUUCAAUGUAGCCUGGGUGUGCAGACUGAAGGUCAGGAACAUAAUGUUGAGGAUAAACGUCCAUGUUCUGGAGCAGAAGACCUGGAGAGUGUCAAGAAUAUCUAUUCAGAUGUGUCGCAACUAAGGAUUUCCUACAAUGUGUAUAAGGCUGUGUAUGCCAUUGUCCAUGCACUGAAGGCUAUGAGAAGCUGUGUAAAAGGAAAAGGGCCAUUUUCUCAGCAGGCCUGUCCAAAUACAGACAAUAUACAGCCAUGGCAGCUACUUCAUUAUAUAAAACAGGUGGAAUACAUCAGCUCCUUUGGUGAUGAAAUCAAGUUUGAUGAGAAUGGGGAUCCUGCAGCCAUGUAUGACCUUGUGAACUGGCAGAUGGGACAAGAUGGAGAAAUGGAAUUUGUCACUAUUGGAAAAUUUGAUGAGACGACCACAGUUGGAAAGCAAAAACUCCAGAUCGAGGAACCUAUCAUAGUUUGGAACAGUAACGAAACCAAUGUUCCCUUGUCGGUAUGCAGCAGCAUUUGUCCCGCAGGAACCCGGAAGUCUAUCAGACCUAACUUCCCUGUGUGCUGCCAUGAUUGUGUGGUUUGCACAGCUGGGGAGAUAAGCAAUCAGACUGAUGCCAUAGAGUGUGUGCGCUGUUUGCCAGAGUUCUGGUCCAAUAAUGAGAAAACAGCCUGUAUCCCAAAAUAUGUGGAUUUCCUCUCCUUCAGUGGCACCAUGGGCAUUAUUUUGACGGUUAUUUCCCUCAUUGGCUCCUUCUGCACCUGUGUUGUGGCCUUUAUAUUUUCCUAUCACAGAACCACACCCAUUGUCAAAGCCAACAACUCUGAGCUGAGCUUCCUGCUGCUCUUCUCCUUGACUCUGUGUUUCUUGUGUUCUCUGACCUUUAUCGGCCGGCCCUCUGAGUGGUCCUGCAUGCUGCGACACACAGCAUUCGGCAUCACCUUUGUUCUUUGCAUAUCUUGUAUUCUGGGGAAAACCAUAGUGGUGUUAAUGGCCUUCAAGGCUACUCUUCCAGGCAGCAAUGUAAUGAAAUGGUUUGGGCCUGCGCAGCAAAAGGCAAUCAUUACCAUUUGUACAAUGAUCCAGGUAAUCAUCUGCACAGUGUGGCUGGUUGUUGUUCCCCCUACUCCACGCAAACUGAUACCACGUGAGAGUGUUAUUGUCAUUCUCUUGUGCGCUGAAGGCUCACCCGUAGCAUUUUCUCUCGUGCUGGGCUACAUUGGCCUGCUGGCCUGCGUCUGCCUACUCCUGGCCUUCUUGGCAAGGAAACUCCCGGACAACUUCAAUGAGGCCAGACUCAUUACGUUCAGCAUGCUCAUUUUUUGUGCAGUGUGGAUAGCCUUUGUUCCAGCCUACAUUAGCUCUCCAGGAAAGUACUCAACGGCCACAGAGGUAUUUGCUAUCUUGGCUUCAAGUUAUGGAUUGCUCGGCUGUAUCUUUGCACCCAAGUGCUACAUUAUCCUACUCAGACCAGAAAAGAACACAUGGAAACACCUGAUGGCGAAACCUGACAAAUCUUAG